AUGUCUGGUCACAACCAGCCAACCGCCUCAGAAGCGCCAGAUUCCAAGAUUAAUGUCGAGGAUGGGCGGAAUUACUGGCAAAAUGUCGAUGCCGACGUCAACGGCAUGUUAGGGGGGUUUCCCUAUGUGUCGCGGGUGGACUUACAAGGGUCUCGAAACUUUCUUGCUAAGUUUGGCAUCGGGACCAAGGACGGUCAGCGCACUGUCGCCGCUGCUCUUGAGGGCGGAGCAGGGAUAGGCAGGAUCACCGAGGGACUAUUGCUCAGCAUAGCACAAGAAGUGGAUGUCGUUGAGCCAAUAGCCAAAUUUACAGAGGCUCUUUCAAAGAAGAGUGGCGUCCGCCAGGUCUUCAAUGUCGGCUUGGAGGAAUGGCGACCCGAUGUGGGUGUCAAAUACGACCUCGUAUGGAACCAAUGGUGUGUGGGUCAUCUGAAAGAUGAACAGCUGGUCCAAUACCUGGAGACAUGCAAAACAGUCCUGACCCCUGAUGACGGGCUCAUCGUGGUCAAGGAGAACAUUAGCACCAGUGGUGUCGACCUAUUCGACGACCAGGACAGCAGCGUUACGAGGACCGACAAGAAGUUUCAGGACAUCUUCAAGGAUGCUGGGCUCAGACUCGUUAAAGCGGAGACCCAACGUGGAUUUCCAAAGGAGCUCUUCCCAGUGAGAAUCUAUGCUCUGAAGCCAUGA